GCCAUGUGAGCCUCCUAUAAUCCUAUAUAAGUGGACUGCUUAAUUUUGUAAAUACACAAUUUACUAUCAGCAUACUUCUUAAUUGCUUGAUAUCAUGGCUAGCAAUAUCAACAUUAACGAGAGCUUCUCUGAGCAGUUAUGGAAGAAGCACAAAGGUCAAGCUAUAUUCUCACAGUAUACUCCUUUCAUCAUCUCUUUGGCUGCAGGUACUCUUCCAGUUAAGACUUUUGAAGGUUAUCUCUAUCAAGAUAUCCAUUACCUCAUGGGCUAUGCUCGAGCGUGCUAUACUGCUACAUAGCUUAUGAGUAUGUAUCAGAUGCGGAUGCAGAGACAAAAGAAAUGCUCCAAAAAUUGGGAGAUGAUUCGAUCGAAUACAUCGAAAGCUAUGGUUCUUUCUUUGAGGAAUUGGGUUUAGAGUAUAAGCCAGGUAGUGUUCCCAAAAAUGGAGCAACAGCAAGAUAUAUUGAUUCCUUGCUAGCUGCAGCGAGAACGAAAAACACAGCGUUCGCGUUUGCAGCAAUAACGCCUUGCAUAAAGUUAUAUGCUUAUCUGGGUUCUGAGGUUAAGAACGCGUUGAACAAAGAAGAGCUCGAAGCUAACAAAUACAAGAGGUGGAUUAUAGAAAAUUCAUCUGAAGAUCCACAGCCGUCAAAGUUGCGAAACUUGAAAACUGCUAAAGAGAUGGACUACUUUCUCGAUAAGCUAAGUGCAGGACUACCCCAAAAAGAACUUGACGAAAUUGAGAAGAUUUAUAAGGAGGGUUUGGAACAUGAGACAGAGUUCAAUCUAGCACAACUAAUAGAUGGUCAAGAGGUUGUGGUUCCUCUAUUUAAGGAGCUUAAAGGAUUCAAGUUCCCUUUUGUUUCAAAUUUUGACCUCUGUUGCAUCAAAACACCUGAAGAGUUGAAACGUCUUGAAGAUUAUGAGGAAAGUGUAGCUAAUGCACUUCUAAUAGUUCAUCCUCCAGAUAAAUACAGCUUCGAGGCAAUACAUGAAGCUUUCGGGUCAGCGUCAGUUACUACAUUAGAGAAAAAAAAUGGUCUUAACCUUGGAGUUGGACAAUUUAAGGCUGAAAGUGGUUGUAUCAGUUUGUCAUUGAAAGUUUUACAGAAAGAGAAUCUGGAUGCUAGUGCUUAUGUAAUUUCAGCUUUCUGGAGCGAUGAUAAAAUCAAAUCAGCUUUAACAGAAGGAGGUUUGGUUGAUAAGAUAUCACACGCUGGAAACAAAGGAUCAGUUGAAUCUUCCAUUGAUAAACUUGAAGCAUUCAACAAUAUAUUGCAGAAAAAUAAUAUGUUGAGCUUGUAUAUUGGAGAUUCAGUUGGUGAUUUGCUUUGCCUACUCAAGGCUAACAUAGGAGUUGUUUAUGGAUCAAAUGUAAAUUUGGAACAUGUUGAGGAGCACUUCUUAGUUACAUUUGUCCCAUUGUUCAAAGGUUUGAUUCACAAGCAGAUGGAAUACAAGGAACAAACAUCUCUAUUAUCAUGGAAACCCAGCCCUGGUGUUAUUUACAAUUUCACUCACUGGGCUGAAAUUGAGGCAUUCAUCUUAGGGUCUUAAGGUAAAAUUCAAGUUUUGAGGAUAAGAUUGACAUAUAUUAAUAUAAAUGUUAGAUUGUAAUAUAAAUAAUCAUGUCGUCCACAUCUUAUAUUAUCGUUUUGUUGUUUUCUUAGAAACUUUCUGCGUGGUUUUGCUUUACUCUUAGAGUAAAGGUGUUUACACGUGGAUAAAAAAAAGUUGUAUGUUUUUUUUUAUUAUUAAAAAUGUCAUAUUAAAGAUUGAUUAGUGGACUAAUGUAAAGUCGAUAAAUUAGUUGAUAUGUUUGGUUGA